CCACUACUCCAGUGAGUGACGUCACGCGGCCUGCAGGGAGUAGGAAGGCCGCGCGUUCCGCCGUGCCGCUCGCCGCAUCUCCCUCGUCCCCCCUCCCCGCGUCGCCAUGAAUUUCCUCCGCGGUGUCAUGGGCGGACAGGCCGCGGGGCCGCAGCCCACGGGCGCCGAGACGGUGCAGAAGUUAUGUGACCGUGUCGCGUCCUCCACACUGAUCGAGGACCGGAGGGGUGCCGUGAGGGCUCUCAAAUCGCUCUCCAAGAAGUACCGCAUGGAGGUCGGCACGCAAGGCAUGGAACACCUUCUGCACGUCCUGCAGACUGACCGGUCCGACGCGGAGAUCACGGCCUUCGCGUUGGACACGCUGUGCAACAUCGUCUCGAACGACGUGGGCGAGGAAGAAGAGGAACAGCACCACCAGCAGCAGCAACAGCAGCAGAAGACGGCCCCAGAGGAGGACCUGGGCGCCCAGUUCACCGACGUCAUCAUCCAGAAGCAGGAGAACGUGUCGCUGCUGCUCUCCUUCCUUGAGGAGUUUGAGUUCCACGUGCGAUGGGCGGCUGUGAAGCUGCUCACGGUACUCCUGAAGAACCGAGGACCGGCCGUGCACCAGAUCAUCCUCGUCACGCCCACAGGAGUGUCGCGCAUGAUGGACCUGCUGGUGGACACCAGGGAGGUGAUCCGAAAUGACGGGCUGCUCCUGCUGCAGCAGCUGACCAAGGGGAAUGCGGCGAUCCAGAAGAUCGUGGCCUUCGAGAACGCCUUCGAGAGGCUGCUCGACAUCGUCUCCGAGGAGGGGCACAGCGACGGAGGGAUCGUGGUGGAGGACUGCCUGCUGCUCCUGCAGAACCUACUCAAGAACAACAACUCCAACCAGAACUUCUUCAAGGAGGGCUCCUACGUGCAGCGCAUGAAACCCUGGUUCGAGGUGACCGAGGAGAGCGCUGGCUGGUCGGCGCAGAAGGUCACCAACCUGCACCUCAUGCUGCAGCUUGUGCGGACGCUGGUGUCUCCGGCGAAUCCGGCGGGCGCCGUGGCGGCGUGCCAGAAGGCCAUGUUCCAGUGCGGCCUCCUCCAGCAGCUGUGCGCCAUCCUCAUGGCCACCGGCGUCCCGGCGGACAUACUCACCGAGACGAUCAACACGGUGUCGGAGGUGAUCCGAGGGUGCCAGACGAACCAGGAGUACUUUGCGGCGGUCAGCGCUCCCUCCACGCCGCCGAGGCCGGCGCUGGUGGUGCUGCUCAUGUCGAUGGUGAAUGAGCGUCAGCCGUUUGUACUGCGCUGCGCCGUGCUCUACUGCUUCCAGAGCUUCCUCUACCGCAACCCGGGGGGGCAGGGCCAGAUCGUUGCCACGCUGCUCCCCUCCACCAUCGACGCCAGCGCCAUCUCGGCGGGACAGCUGCUGUGCGGGGGCCUGUUCUCGGGCGACGCUCUCUCCAACUGGUGCGCCGCGGUGGCGCUGGCGCACGCCCUCAUCGGCAACGCCGCCCAGAAGGAGCAGCUGCUGCGGGUGCAGCUUGCCACGUCGCUGGGCAACCCGCCCGUGUCGCUGCUGCAGCAGUGCACCAGCAUCCUGUCGCAGGGCGACAAGCUGGUGAGACGGGGCAACAAGGUGCAGACGCGCGUGGGCCUGCUCAUCCUGCUCUGCACGUGGCUCACGGACUGCCCCAUCGCAGUCACGCACUUCCUGCACAACCCCGCCAAUGUGCCUUUCCUCACGGGACAGAUCUCUGAGAACCUGGGCGAGGAGGAGCAGCUGGUGCAGGGUUUGUCGGCGCUGCUCAUUGGCAUCUGCAUCUUCUACAACGACAACUCUCUCGACAGCCACACGAGGCCGAAGCUGAAGCAGCUUGUGGAGAAGCGAAUCGGCAAGGAGAAUUUCCUGGAGAAGCUGUCGGCCGUCUCCAAGCACGACCUCUACUCCAAGGCGUCGCAGAAGCCCCAGCCGGCGUUCCCCGGGCCCGAGCAGGUGUUCUUCGACCACGAGUUCACGCAGAUGGUCCGCGAGAUUGAGGGCUCCAUCGUGAAGGCCGUGCAGAAGUCAGCGGAGGAGGACCGCAAGGAGGAGGAGGUGCACAAGGCCAUGCAGCAGCACGACAGCGUCAUGGCGCAGUACAAGGAGCUCAUUCGCGAGCAGGACACUCAGAUUGGGGAGUUGAAGAAACAGGUGGCGUCGCUGGGCAUGCAGCUGGAGCAGGCACAGGCCACCGUGAGCCAGCAGGCAGCGCACGUGCAGCAGCUCAAGGACCAGUACAACCUGCUCAAGGUUCAGGCCGGCAAGGACGGGCCGCAGGCCGCUCACGUGGAGGUGAACGGGCUGGGCGCCGCCGGGGCCGACGGGGACGAGGCCGCCGAGCAGCUGCAGAGGCUGCGCGCCGAGCUGGAGGAGCAGAGGACGCGUGCCGCUCACGCCCUCGGCCUGCUCGCCGAGAGGGAGGCACAGCUCAGCGCGCUGAAGUCGGGGGUCGCUGUGUCGGGAGCCAGCGACCACGCGGACGCCCCCAGCGACCAGGAGGUGGAGGCCCUAAGGAGCCGGGUGUCGGCCCAGGAGAAGGAGCUGGAGCAGCUGAAGGGCGAGCGGAGUGACCUGCAGGAGCGACUUCAAGCCGCAGAUGCGCGGGCGUUUGCCCCCGGACUGGCGCUGGCCCCUGGCGACGGCGACGCGGCGAGUGGUGGCGCCGCGGCGAAGCUGGAGGAGCUGGAGUCGCGCGCCUCCGCUCUCGAGCAGGAGCACGAGCAGCUCCAGGACACGGUGCGGCUGCUCACGGAGGAGAAGCUGGCGCUGGCGGAGAGCGCGGGCGAGACCGCGCGCCUGCGCCAGGAGGUGGUGCGCCUCAACAAGGAGGCGGGCGACACGAGGAAGGAGCAGGACGACCUGCUGGUGCUGCUCGCCGACCAGGACCAGAAGAUCAUCGCGCUCAAGGGCCGCCUGCGCGAGCUGGGACACGCGGUGGAGAACGACGAGGACGACGACGACGAUGAAGAUGACGACAUCUCGGAGGGCGGAGACGACGAGGGUGCGGGGGCCGACUCCCCGGAUGAGUAGAGAGGUCGAGCUGCACGGUGCCGCGUCGCCGGCGACCCCGCCCCACACACACGGAGAGAGAGGAGCGACGGUGCAACCGUGACCAGGAGGACGUCGCACAUCCCCCAGCCACCUUCCUCUCGCUUCCCAGCCCCCUGCCUUCGACGUCCCACUCCCCGCCUUAAUCUUCCGCUCGCUCCCUUACCUUCAUCUCCAACUCUAAUCUCCCACCCUCCCCCACCCCCCCACCUUUGUC